CUCGAAAAGCUGAUCCAAAACCCAAUUGCCCUUCUCAUCCUUUCCUCUGCUGACGUAUUUCCCAUGCCCGCUCUUUGUCUUCAAGUAGACCCUCACCUCCCCUCCACCCCGCCUUGCGAAUCACCAUCUCACAUCCCAACCCAUAUAUCACUCUUCUCCAUCCCCCACCCUCCAUUCCUUCCCCUGCUCUCAGCUACCGAGAUCGGUUGAAGUUGUGGGGGUGUGACACGCUACCAUAAGCAUGGAGAUCACCAACGUGAUGGAGUACGAGGCCGUCGCCAAGCAGAAGUUGCCCAAGAUGGUGUUCGAUUACUACGCCUCUGGUGCGGAGGACCAGUGGACCUUGAAGGAGAACAGGGAAGCCUUCUCAAGGAUCCUGUUUCGUCCACGCAUACUCAUUGAUGUCUCCAGGAUUGACAUGACCACAACUGUGCUGGGUUUCAAGAUAUCAAUGCCAAUCAUGAUUGCUCCCACUGCCAUGCAGAAGAUGGCCCAUCCUGAAGGAGAAUAUGCUACUGCAAGAGCAGCAUCAGCCGCUGGCACUAUAAUGACGCUGUCAUCCUGGGCUACUUCCAGUGUGGAAGAGGUGGCCUCAACCGGACCAGGAAUUCGAUUCUUCCAGCUUUAUGUAUACAAAGACCGGAAUGUGGUUGCGCAGCUCGUGAGACGAGCAGAAAGAGCAGGAUUCAAAGCAAUAGCCCUCACUGUGGAUACUCCAAGACUAGGUCGGAGAGAAGCUGAUAUCAAGAACAGAUUCACUUUGCCCCCAUUUUUGACGCUCAAGAACUUCGAGGGCUUGGACCUGGGGAAGAUGGAUAAGGCUGAUGACUCUGGACUGGCCUCUUACGUUGCUGGCCAAAUCGACCGAACUCUGAGCUGGAAGGAUGUUAAGUGGUUGCAGACGAUCACUACUAUGCCAAUUCUAGUGAAAGGAGUCCUCACUGCGGAGGACACAAGGCUGGCCAUUCAAUCUGGUGCAGCUGGUAUUAUCGUCUCCAACCAUGGAGCUCGUCAGCUGGACUACGUUCCAGCCACCAUCACUGCCUUGGAGGAGGUCGUCAAAGCUGCGCAGGGCCGCCUUCCCGUCUUCCUCGAUGGUGGCGUUCGCCGUGGCACCGAUGUCUUCAAGGCCUUAGCUUUGGGAGCCUCCGGAAUCUUUAUUGGAAGGCCGGUGGUGUUUUCUUUGGCUGCUGCAGGUGAAGCCGGAAUCCGAAAUGUUCUGCAAAUGCUUCGCGAUGAGUUCGAGCUCACCAUGGCACUGAGUGGCUGCACCUCGCUCAAGGAAAUCACUCGCAGCCACAUCGUGACCGAGGCAGAAAGGAAUCGUCCUGUGCCAAGGUUGUAGAUCAUCUCCAGUGUCUCCUUCUCCAACAACAGGGGACUGACUACUUAUAAGCUCUGCAUCUUUUGAGUGAUCUGGAGAACAUGCUCAGGAGACACUAUCUACCCAUGGAGCAAAGUUGUGAUGAGUUCCAAGAAUCAUUAGAUGCUUAAGAAAUCUAAAGCUUUUUACCAUGAUAAUGGACUGUGUUUAUUAAUCAUGGCUAUGUAAUCUGCAUCUGCUGGAUAUACUUGCUUAUAUUACUUGCUCAACACUGCAUAUUUUCAGAUAUCAACUGAGAACAGCUUGAAGGAGAAAUUAUCAUUUUAGUAGCAUUUCUCUUA